CAAUAUAUCUUCUUCCAAUUAAAUUGUAAUCCUUUUUUUUUCAAGUCAAUGGAAGGAAUGGAUCCCGUCCUUCUUUAUUCUCUAGAAAACGAACAAUUCACAGUUUCGUUAUCAAAACUGCUUAAUUCCAGUGAUACAUUGAACGCAUUUAUCAAAGAGUUUCCAAUUCAUGAAAAUUACACCAUCUUUUUCCCUGUUAAUCGAACAAUAAUGGCUUUAGCAGUGGCAUAAGUAUAAUUAUACACUUUUAAAUGUUAGUUGCUAGCGCAUUAACAGCAAUAUCACUUAAUGUGUGUUUUAAAAUAACAUUUAUAAAAGAUGAAAUUCCCGAUAUAUCAUGUAUAGAAGACGGAUUCGAAUUGUAUAUCUUCGGCAAAGAAUAUGGCAUAAAGAAUCUUCAACAGUUAUGUACAGAGUUUAUAGAAGAAAUAAUAUCAUUAUAUCCAAGUACUGUUUGUCCCGUUCACGAUUUCGCUUGUGAACAAAAUGAUUACAACAUGCAAUUCACCUGUUGGGUGGUAUUCGAUGAAUUUUGGGAAGAAAUAUUCCAGACAGACGAUUUUCUUUGCUGCAAAGACACAACAAUAACCAGAUUAAUCUCUCGUCCUAUAUACGAAACGUUAGACGAAUUAAGUUUGUUUGAUGCAGUUGACGAUUGGAUUAACGCAAGAAUUUUAACAGAGGAACACUUGGUGACAGAUAAAAACACCAUUCGAAAAAGAAGGAAAGAACUCAUACGACCAUUCCUUCCGAAACUUAGAUUGUUGGCAAUUGAGAAAAUCGAUAUGGAGAAUCUAUUCGAUAUGUUAGAGCUUCUGUUAACAGAACACGAAAUGCAAGCGAUUCGCGAUUUCUUCACCAGCAAAGAUUAUCCUAAUGCAGAUUUAUCCAAUUUUCCUGAAACUCUUUGUACUAAUAAGAAGGAAAGACACGACGAAAUUAAUACAUCUUUCUUUAAAUAUAAUUUUAAAUGUAAUUUUCCAAUAGGAAAAGAAAUAUCUCUCGCCGAUAACGUAGAGAUCGUUUGCCACAUACUUGUAAUGGAGGAUUGUUUCCUUACAGAUAUUUCGUUACCAAUACAUUUCAGCGAAAAUAAAAUAAUAUCCAUAGAUUUAUAUAUUUGUGAACACGCAAGUAAACAAUCUAUGGGAUUAUAUACGUUGGAAUGUAAUAAUGAGGGGAAUGCAUAUUUAUUUCAACCACAUUUUCUAAAAAAGAACUCGAAAUAUCUCUUGUCAUCAAAAGUAUUGGAGAAUGAUGAUGAUAAACAAAUGGAUAUUCGCAUUCUCCCCGAUGCUCAUUCUUUUCUUAUUGCCGAAAAAAAGAUUUCUAAGAAUGAGAAAAUUGAAUUCUUUUAUUUCGAUGUUACUCUUUAUUUUUAAAAAAACAUCCUGUUGCAAAAUUAUAAACAGUAAAUCAUUUACUUAAAUAAUAAAAAAUUCUUGCGAAUUU